AUGCCAUUUCAUGCUGUCCGCUCAAUUGCUUUCCGUGCAUGGGAAGCUGUAGCGUUGGAAGAUGUUAUGUCCACUGGUACUGGUUUUUUCAUCUUCAGAUUUAGGGAUGAGGAUGCAGUUUUGGUAUGGGCUCGUUUGCAUGGGUUGCCUUAUCCUUUGUGGUCUCACAAAGGACUCUGCAUGGUUUCUUCUAUGUUGGGUCAACCGCUGUCGAGUGAUAAGACAACUUCUAAGCGGACCCGUUUAGAUUAUGCCCGAAUUAUAGUGGAAUAUGAGUGGACCCCCAAGAGGUUCCUUAAGUGCUGUGUUUUUGGCCAUGUUUGUCACCAACUAGAGCCAACCACUACUGAUCCCAUCAGAGAGAGGAAGCAGAAAAGGGAUGUUCCCAUACCAGCUAGAGUUUCAGUUCUGAGUACAAUUAGAGAUAUGGAUGCUUCUUUGGCUCUGGUCUCGUAUCAGCAGACUGUUCGUGCAAGCAGAGGUGAAUUUUCUGGCUCUGAAUCGGGGUUUCCCUCGCUUGUUCUGCAUAGUGAUGAUCUCCAGGCACCAGAUGCUACCUUAUCUGGAUCAGUUUCCUUGCCACCCCUGGAGAUUACUUGUAGGGUUACUCAUGUUUUCGAGGGGUUCUCCUUUGGGAUUACUUUUGUGUAUGGUUCUAACGACCCUAGGAAUCGCCGCAAUCUAUGGGAUUUCCUUAGGGAUCAGUCAGUAGAGUUUGAUUCGAUGGGGCUCCUGUGGCUUGUGUUGGGUGAUUUUAAUGCCAUCUUGGGAGCCUCUGACAAAGUGGGUGAUGAUCCUCCGUGGUAUGGUUAUACGGAUGAUUUUGGCCAAUGUAUCCAUAAUGCUGAGUUGAUUGGGGUUCCUUUUACUAGGCUUCGGUAUACUUGGCAUAAUAGUCAGCGGGGCGAUGGGAUUAUUUUACGGAAGCUCGAUUGGGUUUUUGCAUCACCUUCUUGGUUUCCCUAUCGACCGAACAUAGUUUUAGAGUUUCGACCUUGGGAUGUCUCAAAUCAUAGUUCUAUGGUUGUCUGGUUUGGUCCCCAUCAUGGCAAGGCAGUUUGGGACAAGCCUAUUGUAGGCAAUCCUAUGUUCCGUCUUACGCAGAAAUUGGGGUUAUUGAAAUGGAAGCUCAAAUCUUUACAUAUUAGGGUUUCUAGCCAUAUCUCUAGCCAGAUCACAGAGGCUUCUAGGUAUUUUUUUGGGUGCAUUUCUCCUGAUAUGAUUUCUCCAUUGACUGCUCAUAUCACUGAUGAUGAGAUUAGGAUUGCUUUAUUCUCAAUCCCGGAUGAUAAAGCCCCUAGUCUGAACAAAUAUACUUCUUUGUUUUUUAAGCGAGCAUGGGAUAUUAUUAGUAUAGAUAUUAGAGAUGCAGUGAGACAUUUUUUUACUACUAAUGAAAUGCCAAGAUGUGUUAAUGCCACAAGGACUGCUUUGGCUCCUAAGGUGGAGAGCCGGAGUCGUAUGACGGACUUUAGACCGAUAUCUUGUUGUAAUGUAUUUUACAAGUGCAUGCCUAAGGAGCUUUUGCAGAAUUAUCAUCUUGGGGGUACUUCACCUCGAUGUGUCCUUAAAGUUGAUAUUCGGAAAGCUUUUGAUACUGUGAAUUGGGAUUUCAUCCUUUCGGGACUGCGUACUGUGGGGUUUCCCGAGCGUAUGGUAUAUUGGUCAUCUAAGUUUCUUUUGCCGGCAGCUACAGUUAGACAGAUUGAGAGUAUUUUGGCAUCAUUUCUUUGGAUGGGUACUUCAUUGUCGCCUUCUAGUGCCAAGGUUGCAUGGUCUUCUGUUUGCUAUCCAUUGAGAGAGGAUGGGCUGGGGAUUAAGAGGAUCCAAGAUUGGAAUAGAGCGGCUAUUCUUAAGCACGUGUGGAGACUACUUAAUGAUAGGUCUUCUGUAUGGUCCUCUUGGGCUCGUUUGGUUCUCCUCCAUGGUCAGUCUUUUUGGCACAUUCGAGUUACGUCUGGGGCUUCAUGGGCUUGGAGGAAGAUUUUACUUAGCAAGGUUUGGUGCCAGGGUCUUAUUGUGACUUGUAUUGGUGAUGGUAGAGACACCAUGUUAUGGCGAGAUUACUGGCUGCCGUAG